AUAAAACAGUUAUCGGUAAUAAUGCUAUUAUUAGUCUGGAAUAAUGAAGUGAUUCAGUUAUUAUGUUUUUAAAAUGAGGACUCUACUUUUACAUGUGUACUUAAAUAAAAAUGGAUUAGGGUUAGCUGUGUCGUGCAUACGAACGUAAGGAACGAAGCAAUUUUAUUUGUUAUUAACUAAAGAGUCACUCUUUUGUAGCUUAGUAUUGAUCCAUAGUUUAAUAUCUGAGUGAUUUUCCUUUUAAAAUUGUACGUCUAAGCACGUUUUUUCUUCAAAAUCAGGAUAUAUAUUCGUCAAUGUUGUUAUUUAUAAUUAUUAUAUUGUUAUUGUUAAUAUCGUUUACUCGGAUUAAUUUGAAUCCGAUGUCACCCUCUAGCGGCCAUAUGAAGUAGCUUCAUGCAGCGGCUCACUCUAAAUGUAAAGCGAACUUCGGUGGAACAACUUUUUAAGUUUUAAAGAAACUUCCAAGAACAAAACGGUAACUACAGUUAACUGUUAGUUGGUUUCGAAGAGAAGACGGACCGUUAUAUGUCGGGGUCAUGUGAUCGCCACUGUCACUCGGACAGAACGCCACUGGCCUUCAGACGCCUGUUGAGCGGCCGGAGCGCGCUGCUUUCCCGGAGCUGACUCGUCAGAAGCAUUUCCCAAAAGGCCUCGCCGGUGAACUCAAUCCGCAGUUGUUUAUUGCCGUUCAGCUGACGAAGAUUCUACGAGGAGCACCAUGCGCUCCAUAGCGGGGCUCGCGGCUAUAGUGGCUGCCGCCAGCGUCUAUCUCUACCUGCUCUCGACGCACCUUCCACCGGGACCAGCGCUCAACGAGGCAGACUCUCGGGACCACGAGGGUCACGACUUCAAACUCAAGUUCCCCUCCGACCUGGACGAGCUGCGCGACCUGGCAGAGAUGCUCAAGUUUUACAAGCGAGAACACUACAGCUACGUCCUGCUGCUCUUCUGCAGCGCGUACCUGUACAAACAGUCCUUCGCGAUUCCUGGCUCAUCGUUUCUGAACAUGCUGGCCGGAGCCAUCUUCGGACCGUGGGAGGGUUUGUUGCUGGCUUGUUUACUCACCACCACCGGCUCCACUUUCUGCUUCCUCCUCUCGUCCACUUUCGGAAAGCAGCAUGUAGUUCAGCUCUUUCCAGACAAGGUGGCGCUGUUGCAGAGGAAGGCAGAAGAAAACCGUAGCAGUUUGUUCUUCUUCCUCCUCUUCCUCCGUUUCUUCCCCAUGACUCCUAACUGGUUCCUUAAUAUCACCUGUCCUGUCCUCAACAUCCCUCUGCCUAUCUUCUUCUCCUCUGUGUUCAUAGGCCUGAUCCCGUAUAACUUCAUCUGCGUGCGCACCGGCUCCAUCCUCUCAGAGAUCUCCUCCAUGGAUGACAUCUUCUCCUGGGGCACUCUGGCGCAGCUGCUGGCCAUCGCAGUGGCCGCCCUGGUGCCCGGUGCUCUGAUCAAGCGCUACGGCGAGUCUCACCUGAAGGUGGACGGGAUGGAUGACAGGAGUCUGGGACCCGCCCAACACAACCAGGAACAGAAGAGACGGUGAUCCCUGGAAAAAAAAAACAGGACAUGGUUUUACACCUUCUUUGAAUAUGAACGCAAAAAAGGAGCAUCAUCCUACUGUAAACAACAUUGUCAUUUUUACAGUGUUUUAUUUUAGUCAAAAGUUUGCAAUCAGGACUCAAACAUUGUGACCAGGGUGAAGUAAACAUUGCGUAUUAGAAACACAACCGCUACACGUGACCGUGUGGCGUCAUACUCACGUUCAUGCGCGUUUGGCGCCCUCUGGUGUUUGGAAAUCCAAAUAUCUAUCUCUGCAAAAAUGGAUUUUUUGAAGAAUAGCGGUGUGGAGUUGGACAGCACUUGAAAACCGUAUUGAUUCUUAGUUUACUAUUUCAUAUGUAGUUUACAGUUUUUAGCCUUGGCGUCACAUUUUAAAGCACUUAAAAACACACGUGUCUUAACGUAGCUGUGCUGCAAGUACAACUGCUCCUCUCAGUUCACUGUGAUCUUCUCACGCACCUCGAGAAAUUACAAUCCACCAUGCUGAUAAAGAUGUCAUGUAAAAAUGACUCGCCCUAAUUUAAGCAAUAUAGCUACUGUUUACUUCUAUAUAUACACACGUGAGAAGUUGCUGCUCUUGAGGAUACAACUUGAGUUAGUAAAACACAAUGCUGUUAAUGCUUGUUAGAUUUGUUGCACUUUGUCACAAAACGUGUGAUUUUAAAAUGAUUUUCAGAGUCUUAAACUGUGCCUUCAUGUGACACUAAUUUGCAAGUUCUGAUGACUUAUUUUAUCUGCUUUGAGUGUGUUUAGUGGAAGCAGUCAUAUUCAAUAACCAAUACAACCAUGCAACAUUUAUUACAAGCCAUACAUUUUAAUCUCUCUCAUAAACUCUCAUAACUCAGAAUUCUCCCCAUGACUAAUAAAAACAAACCUUAACACUGUCUGUCAUCAACCAGUGUACUUUGAAAAACAAGCAACUUUUUAUAUGUCAUGUGUUUUAGAUCUAUUUUAACGUGUCAAUCACCAAAAUGUUUUAUAAAAUCAUUUUCUUUGUGGAAUUUGCUGAGACAAGUCCGAGCACUCAUCAAUACUAUUUCUCUUUCUGUCUGUCUAUAGAUUGACUUUCAUUUUUAUUCGAUUGUUUUUAAUAUUAAAUAACUACUA